AUGGCGGCUCCUAAUACCACAAUCAAGCGUUUGGUAAUCUGCUGUGAUGGCACUUGGAUGGACAGUGAUGAUGGCAUUCGAAAGCCAACCUUAAUCCCCUACAAACCCACUGCAUCCGUCCAAAUCCCUUCGAAUGUCACCAGGAUCAGCCGCGCUCUCAGGAAGCACGGCCUUGAUGGCGUUCCUCAGAUCAUCUACUACCAUUCCGGAGUGGGUACGUCGUCCACCAAGGUUGACAUGAUCACGGGUGGCCUGCUGGGUGUUGGUAUCUCCGAGAACAUCCGUGAAGUUUACAGCUUCAUCGCAGCCAACUACACGCCUGGAGAUGAGAUCGUUCUCAUUGGCUUUUCUCGAGGAGCUUUCACUGUUCGAUGCGUGGCCAGCAUGAUCAGCGUCAUCGGUCUUCUGACCCGCGAGGGCAUGGAGAACUUCUAUCCCAUCUUCAAAGACUACCAAAACUUCAAGAAUGAUAAGUAUCAUGACUUCUUCCCCGACAUACCGUUCUCGGAAAAGCCGAAGGGGCCCGAUGCUGCUCAGCUUUACAGGCAGAGACUUGAAAAGGUUCGUUCCUCGCCCCCGAAAACUGAUCCCAGUCUGACUGUUCAGAACGGCUUCACGAGACAUUACGAUCCUGAUGGCAGCAAGAUCAAAACACAUGCUGUUGCCGUGUGGGAUACCGUGGGCGCUCUCGGCAUCCCUAACAUCUCUCUGCUCGCCAAGCUUGGACUGCCCCAUUGUACCAUAGAAUACAAGUUCUUCGACACCAACCUAUCCGGUAACAUCAGGCAUGCUUUUCAGGCACUGGCCUUAGAUGAACGAAGAGCUCCUUUGAAGGCGGCAGUUUGGGAGAGAGAAGAUCGUCAUCAAACAACAGUCGAUCUGCGCCAGGUCUGGUUUCCAGGAGCGCACAGCAAUGUUGGAGGCGGAUACGACGACCAAGAGAUUGCCAACAUCAGUCUGGCUUGGAUGAUGGAUCAACUGGCAUCGAUCAACGUCUCAUUUCAGGACGAGUACAUUGACAAGAUAUUCAUCCAGAACGUUCGAUAUUACGAGGAUCACCCACAGCAACAAUCAAAACUCGGCAGUCUGAGAUAUCGCGAGCGCCAAUGGGCCCGCGAUGACAUCUACGAGAAGCAUAAGCCCGUUCGCCCUUGGGGACUCGGCAAGAUAUGGGACUCCAAAACUAGUCUCUGGACACUCGCAGGCACCGGAUUGCGGACACCUGGCCUCAAUAUGCGGGCAGACCCCGAGACGGGUGUGCUCACGAGAAUCCCCAUGCAAGAUACCAACGAGCGUAUCCACAGCUCUGUCCGGAUCCGCCUUGAUCUCGAUGGGCUGGGACUAGAUGAUAAAGGACUGUACAAACCUCAUGCUUUGGACAAGAAAUGGCGGCCUCGUCAGGUUGCCCUUGACGUCCGUGAUCCGAUUCCUUGGGACGCGACUUGGGGUCCUGGCACUCCUCGUCCAGAGGGAUCCGGUCCGAAUCAGGUACGCUGGGUAUGGGAGUACGUUGGACCAGAAGAUGAAGCUCCCGUAGAGCGAUACAUGGUUGAAGAGACUCUAGGUCCAUACGAGCGAAAGCUUCUUUUGCUGAACAAAGAUGAUCCUGUCAUCACGGUGGUUGCGAACCCCGCGUUAGCACGGUGA